AUGAAUUCACCAGGAUCCUCUGUAUUCCCAACGUCGACUGAUGAAAUGCAAAGGAUCUUGAAAGCUGCACCAUCUAUCGAGGACCAGACAAGAAGAAACAAUCUGUUAAGAGUUCCUGAAAUGCCUCCCCCUGCAAAUGGAACCGAUUUGAAUGGCUUCCAUUAUGGACACAUGUACAUAAGUUGUUUAACGUUAUUCACAGACAAAAGAUGUGACCGCGUAGCUCUGUUAGUAGAAAAGCGAUCAGUCUACCCGAAUCCGUCCACAUCAACUUUGCCGAAUCCUCUACUCCAACAUCCCCUCCGACAGCGGACACACCCUCCUCAAGUUUCACCGGUUUCAAAAUUCGUGAACCAACUGGACCAAAAUCGGUACGGGAACAUUGGACCAAUAAAUCAUGGAAAUAUUCCUCAUUGGCCAUUAAGAAAUGGUACAGUAGUUACUCCGCCAGUUAAAACCAUUCUUACUUUAGCUGUUUCUAAUUUUGAACAACCACAAGCUUCGAUUCCCCCGAUAAAUGCAAGUGCGCAUUUGCUCUUACGGCAUAUCCUCAAUGGUACAGUGACUCCACAAAUGACCGCUUCUCAACCGCUCGUUGAUCGACAGGCUCAAAAAAUUGAACCUCAGUUUUCAAGCUUAGAACUCCCGGAAGUUCCAAUUUCCUCUAUAAACGGUGGACAAAGAAAUGGAAAACAUAUAAAUGGCGCCUUGCCGGGCAACUUGGAUUCGCUACUUCCGUUUUUAAACAGAAGUACAGCACCUCAAAACUUGGCUUUUUCUGAAUUGCUAGCUGCUAUUCCUACGCGAAGCUUGGCACCGGAACAGGUGUCAACCUUCGAAAUUCCGCCAGUUUUAACUCCCAUGAGAAAAAGACGUGGGGCAUGGAGCAAUGGAGCAAUGGUGCAGAAAAAUGGAGAACACAUUAACGCUAUCGACGUUCCAGCAAUUAGAAACUCGCCUUAUCCACGUCUAAACAGUUUGAGAGAGCUUGAACAUCUGGCUAAUUCGCAACGUCUCGUUGAUCAGCAAGCUCAAAGGUUUCAGUCCCAACAGAUCCAAAAAUUACCACCCGUCGAGGACGAACCACAACAGAAGCCGGACUCAAAAAAAGGACGUCGAGAAAACAAAGAGGACCUCGAAAAAACAAAAGGACGUCAAAAAAACAAGAGAGAAACACCUACAGUUGUGAAAGAUUCGCCCAAUCACUUUAUUGAUACAUACCCAACUUCCACAGAAGAGAUGACUCAGAAAAUUGGGACCCCUCCAUACGACCACAGCGUGCGUGCAAGACAAAUAGCGGAGCCAUCGCCAGAUCCUAUUAGUGACCGCUCGAUAAACGGGUAUUUUUCAAUCGCUAGUCUUUUGGAAAGUCAAAACGUUAGCGUCAAUGGUUCAAUUACCCUAGGAACGCCAAUCAGGAAUUUCGGACUGCCAGCUCAGGUGACCCACGAGUUUCUCAAGAUUAUCGCUUAUGGUCAAAGCGUUCAGAAUAUGAAUGGUCGCCAUCAGGUUAAUGUACAACAAGAAGAUAAGGGAUUAGAGGAAAAGGCGGAUGAGCAAGUUGAAGACAUGGAAUGGAUGGAUGAGGAGGACAUGAGGAACUUGAGGAUGAAGCGUCACUAG